AUGGCCUCACCUCCCCUCAGAUCCCGCAUCCGCGGCACAAUCUGGUACCUCCUCGUCCCCUUCCACCUCUCCACAACAAGCCUCAUCCUCCUCAACGACAACCUCCUCGAAUACACCACCAUAACCGGCUCCUCCAUGUCACCGACCCUGUCCCCCGACUACGAAACGACCCAACGCUGCGACGGCGUGCUCUGGAAAAAAUGGCGACCCACACGAGAUCUCCGGCGCGGAGACGUAGUCUUCUUCUCGGCGCCGCAUAAUCCCGAAGGCACGGCCGUGAAGCGCGUGGUUGCGUUGGGCGGGGAUACGGUAUUGCUGGAUCCCAAACGGAGGCCGAAGGAGGUGGAGAAUGGGAGGACGAGCGAGGCGGCGAGGAAGUGGGAUGUGUGGAAGGGGAGAGUGGUGGUUCCGCCGGGGCAUGUCUGGGUGGAAGGGGACAAUUGGAGGAAGACGAAGGAUAGUAAUGAUUAUGGGCCCGUGUCGAAGAGCUUGAUUCAGGGGAAGGCUUGGUGUUUGUAUAGGCCUUAUACGCAGUUUGGGAGUAAGCCGUGGGAGGGGUACAAAGUUCAGACGAAGGUGAUUGAGGGGAAAGAGGUGGUUAGGAAUAGGAAGGAUGCUGCGAUGCCGGUGUGGGAGCCGCAUGGAUGA